AUGGGAGUGCAAGGACUUUGGUCACUUUUAAAUCCUGCAGCAAGACCCACACAAUUAGAUUCCUUGCGACAAAAAAGGAUUGCAGUGGAUGCAUCCAUAUGGAUUCACCAAUUUAUGCGAGCUAUGCGUGACAAGGAAGGCAAUGCUUUACGCAAUGGUCAUUUGUUGGGUUUUUUUCGUCGAAUUUGCAAACUCUUAUUUUUCGAUAUUAAGCCCGUCUUUGUCUUUGAUGGCGGUGCUCCUGUUUUAAAACGAUCCACUAUUAUAAUGAGGAGAAAACGUAGAGAAGGCAUUCAGAUGAAUUUAAGAGCUACUGCUAAAAAAAUCCUUACUACUCGAAUGAAAGCUAGAGUGUUAUUAGAACAAGAAAAAAAGUUACAUGGACAAGAUGAAAACUUUGUUUAUGCAGCUGAAUUAGAAAAAACUGCAGAAGCACUGCGCAAACCGAUAAAAUUAGAUCAAUAUGAAUUACCAGACGUACCAAAGAGAGAAAUAUAUGAACUAGAUCCACGGUUAGCGACACGAGAGGAAAUACAAAAUUUUGUAGAUGAAUUUACUCCUUCCGAAAUGGAUAUCAAUUCAGAAACAUUUCAGUCUUUACCUCCCGAAAUACAGUACGAAGUCAUUCAGGACUUAAAAAUUAAGUCACGUCAAACUUCAUGGGCUCGACUGGAUAAAAUGGUGCAGGGCUCGGCCACUGCAUUGGACUUUUCCAAGUAUCAAAUUAAAUCGUUAAAGCAUCGAAAUACAAUGACACAACGUCUUAUGCAAAUGAAUACGGUAGCAGGCGGAAAUGCUACCAGCGAGCCGUCUAGAAUUGCAGGUGAACGCGGUAGAGAAUAUAUCUUGUACAAAAAUGAAGAUCUUGAUCAAGGUCUUGGUUGGAAGUUGCCAGGAUUGACUGCCUCAGAACCUGUAGAAUUGGAUGGUCCGACGCGUCCAGAACCCAAAAUGGAAGUGCCUGAUGAAAGGUUAAGUGAGCCAGAAGAUAAAGUGCAGGCUGCUAUUGCGGCCAAUCCAAAGCUAGCAGCUCUUUUUAGCGACUUUUUGGAUGAAGAGGACGAAAAACGAGAAGCGGAAAUACUAGACAGAGAGAUGGAUAAGGAAAAUGAGGAGCCAGUAGAACCUCUAGUGGACGAUAUCCGUGCUUACAUGGAUGAUGGUGAGGAUGAGGAUGCAAUAAACCAAGUGAUAUCACGCAUGUACCCUACUCAAGAUCCAGUGCCCGUGGAGCAGGAUAUCACAUUGACUUUGGAUAUAGACGAUUUCUAUAGAUUAUGGGUCUCUCGUAUGCCAGAUGCAUUUGUUUACCUUCAUUCUCUCAAUGACCAGCAUUUAUCAAUCAUACGCUCGACUAUCGAAGAAGACGACGUUGACACACUUCGCCGUCAAUUGAAAUCCAUUUGUAAACAACGUGGAAAAACGAAUGAAAUUGAUGAACUAGCUUUGGAGUCGCUUCAAUUUCAUGAAGCCUUUCUGGAAAGUGUCAUUGCUUGGAACGAGAGAAAUUUUGAUAUCCAAUAUGACGAUUUUAAGGAACAAGAGUCAUCCAUGAAGUCACCGGUACAGAUAAACGAUAUAUCAGAUGAAGAAUAUGUCCAGUUUGAAACCUUGCCUAUUCAACAUGAUGAAUUAUUAAGCAGUGAAAAAAAAGGGGAUGAAGACACGAUGGAUCUAGAUGAUAAGGUAGUCGUGUCAGAUGAAGAAGCUGUUGGGUCAAGUGAGGACACACUAGUCCCGGAAGAACAAGGAACCGAAGAGAAUCUCCAAGAAGAAGGAAAGAAAGGACAGGUUCCCUUAAAUGGAAAUUUAAAAGUAUCUGAUGAAAUUGAGGAGGCGGAUAGCGCGACUACAACAGUUCCGGAUGACGAUAAUGCGGUUAUUGUUGAUGAAGACGACGAUGAUAUAGACAUCCACUUUUCCGAAGCACCACAAAGGAUCUAUAAUUCAUCACCACAAGACAAAGAGAAUAUAGCUAGAGAACAUCUGCAUAUUGAUAUUCAACAAUCCUUAUUGCUUUCAGAUGAACCGGAUCUUGAAAAAAAGUUAGAGGACGAGGUUACGGAAGAAGACGACGAAUUUGCUCGCUUUGUAUCUGAUAUUGCAUCCAAAGAUAUUGCGGAUAUCAGAAAUAAUCUCCAACAAGAUCUAGAAGAAUUAAACCAGGCACAGAAAAAGAAUAUGGGAAACACGGAUGAUAUUACCGGUCAAAUGAUUAAAGAGAUUCAAGAGCUUUUAAAAUUGUUUGGUAUACCGUAUAUGGUCGCUCCUAUGGAAGCCGAAGCGCAGUGUGCUGAGUUGGAGUCUUUGGCCUUGGUGGAUGGUACAAUUACAGAUGACUCCGAUGUCUUUUUGUUUGGUGCUGGCCGUGUAUACAAAAAUAUGUUUAACCAGCAACGCUUUGUAGAAUGUUAUCAUAGCAAAGAUAUCGACCGAGAAAUGCUAUUAAAUAGACAAAAGUUGAUUCAAUUAGCCUUCCUUUUAGGUAGUGAUUAUACAGACGGUAUCCCUGGUGUGGGGCCUGUCACAGCCAUGGAAAUUUUGUUUGAAUUUUCAACAACACCAGAGGAGCCAUUGGAAGCACCUUUGCAAAAAUUUAGAGAUUGGUAUAAUGGAAAUGUAGAUGAUACACCGUUCCAAAAAAAGUUUAGGAAACAGCAUAGUGAUUUGGAAAUACCCGGGGACUUUCCUGACCCCCGCGUAAAAGACGCAUAUUACAAUCCAACAGUGGAUAAGUCUACCCAGAAGUUUGAAUGGGGUCAGCCUCAGCUUGAUUCGUUACGUGUCUUUUUAACCGAGGCAUUUGGGUGGUCAGAAGAAAAGGCAGACGAAGUACUUUUGCCUGUACUACGUGAAAUGAAUAGCCGAAAGGCCUCUGGGGAACAGCAAGUGAUUAGCACCUACUUCAACUCAUCUGGACACAGCGCAUCUUCCACAAACACACAUAAACAUUCUAGCAAACGUGUGCAAAACAUAGUAGAAAAGUGGAGGAAGCAAAAGAAGCCCAAAAAUGCAUAAAAUUAUAUUAAUAAACAUGCUUCAUGUGUACACCUGCCUUAUCGAGAAAGGAAAUACUGGACUGAUAGAAACACCAGUUCAUAUAUUAUUGCUAUAGG